AUGGUUCUUCACAAGCCAGAAAACAAGCAUGUUCUCAAAGCAUUCGAUCUGCAUGGAAAGGUUGCUGCAGUUACUGGCGGAGCUCGAGGUAUUGGGCUUGAAGUGUCUCGUGCAUUAGCCGAAGCAGGAGCUGAUGUUGCCAUAAUCUUCAGCACUUCGAAAGAUGCAUCAACCACGGCCACUGAAAUUACUGAAGCAAAUGGCGUCAGGUGUCGUGCUUACCAGUCAGAAGUCAAGGAUUCCGAGAAAAUUGAGUCGACAUUGCAGCAGAUCGCCAAAGACUUUGGCAAACUCGAUAUCGUUGUUGCCAAUGCUGGUAUCGCGUCCCAUCAUCCAGCAGAGGACUAUGCGAAUGAGCAGUGGAGCGAAAUCAUGAAGGUAAACUUGGAUGGCGCCUUCUAUACCGCGCAAGCUGCUGCUCGCAUCUUCAAACCGCAAGGAUCGGGCAAUUUGAUAUUUACAGCUUCGGUAAGCGCAAUUCUGGUCAACGUGCCUCAGAAGCAGGCAGCGUAUAAUGCUUCCAAAGCUGGCUUGGUUCAGCUUGCGCGCUGCUUGUCAGUAGAAUGGGUCGACUUCUGCCGGGUAAAUUGUGUUUCGCCUGGCUUCAUCGCUACAGACAUGCUGUCAGUACAUCCUGAGGAGUGGCGUGAGCAGUGGUUCCGAAUGAUUCCAGCACAACGACUCUGCGAUCCUUACGAGCUGAAAGGGUCGUACGUGUUCUUGGCCAGUGAUGCUUCCUCGUAUAUGACUGGUGCCAACUUGGUCGUUGAUGGCGCAUAUACACUGCCAUGA